AUGAGACAUGCCCCUGGAAAGCAACUUUGUACAAGGCUAACAUCUACGAGUCAUGUUUCCUCUACAUACCCAUCGAUCAAGGUGAUUCUUGAGUCAAAGACUGCCGCCGAAGUACAUUCCUCGCUCUCUUUUCCCGUCUAUUCGGUUUCUGUCGACGAGAAAACGACCGCGCUUCACGAUAAAGUCGACCUCACGGUGACCCUGGGCGGUGAUGGCACAAUUUUACAUGCAGCGUCCCUCUUCGCGACCUGCUCAAAUGUUCCGCCCGUUCUAUCAUUCAGUAUGGGUACUCUGGGGUUCUUGAGUGAGUGGAAGUUCUCCGAGUUUAAGCGAGCUUUCCGAGAAGUCUACAUGUCUGGAGCCGGGGCAGGGGAUCGAACACCUGUGUUGGAAGAUGUCCCGGGGGUGGCACCCUCAAAACAGGAAAUUGAGAUGGGGCCGACCGGGUGGUCCUCUGUCCGGGGCAAAUCUAUGGGCUCCACGCGCGGGGCCCGCAUUUUAAUGCGCAAUCGGUUGAAAGUAGGACUGUUUACCGCCGACGGAACCGAAACUACACCUAUCCGGACCAAGACCGACCAAGGCCAGGGUGUGUAUGUGAUGAAUGAGCUCCUCAUCCACCGUGGCAAGGAACCACACUUGGCUGUGGUAGAUGUGUUUGUGGGUGGGCGAUUCCUGACUGAGGCGGUGGCCGAUGGAAUUAUAAUUUCCACGCCGACAGGAAGUACAGCCUACAGUUUGAGUAGCGGGGGUAGCAUUGUGCAUCCACUAGUGCCUUCCAUCCUUUUGACGCCGAUUUGCCCGCGUAGUCUCAGUUUCCGGCCAUUGGUUCUCCCUUCCAGCACCCCGAUCACGCUGCGGCUAAGCGAAAAGAACCGUGGGCGCGAAUUAGAAGUUAGUUUGGAUGGUGUUCAUUUAGGUCAAGGGAUGGCAGUUGGUAUGGAAGUCCGAGUGUGGAAUGAGGAAAUGCGUCAUGGGAAGAAUGAGUGGCAGGGUGGUGUACCCAGUGUAAUGCGAAGGAGUGUGGGGUGUGAAGCCCAUGAGGGAUGGGUUGGUGGAUUGAAUGGACUGUUGAAGUUCAAUCAUCCAUUUGGGGAGCCAUAA